CAACUCCUAGAGUACCCCGCGCCGCUGGGACGCCGUGCGGCUGCGGGGCGGGGCGAGCGCAAAGAUGUCCGCGCCCGCUGCUGGGAGGCGAGGUGAGAGUGUUUGACCGUAACCAGGCGCCCGGAGCUGAGGCAGUUCCUGCACGUGUCGCGGGGCCGGAGACGCUAGGGCCAGGUAUUCCAAGGAUGCAAGAAUCCUGCAAAUUCGACAUGUAAACUGCUUCCUCAGCCUCCAGGCGAGCCCUGCCUUUGCCUCAGGCCCCUUCCUUUUCCUUCUCGGGGAAUCGACCUCGGGAAGGGGUGUGGGCAAAGAGAUGAGGACUCCCCCUUUUCGCCCAGGCCAACUCGGGAUAUCCCGGAGCCUCUGGGGAGGCGGUCACUCCGACGUCUGAGGACCUGGGCCUUGGGCCCGGACUCGUUAUGAAGAGCGACUGCUCGACCUCUGCAGCCCCCUUCAGGGGGCUUGGGGGACCUCUGCGCAGCAGCGAGCCGGUGCGCGCGGCCCCGGCCCGGUCGCCGGCCGUGGACCUUCUGGAGGAGGCGGCCGACCUCCUGGUGGUGCACCUGGACUUCCGGGCGGCGCUGGAGACCUGCGAGCGGGCCUGGCAGAGUCUGGCCAACCACGCCCUGCCAGAGGAACCCGCGGGCACCAUUCUUUUAUACAGCAAAAUGCAAGAGCCUAGAGCUGUGCUGGAUGUGGUGGGUGCCUGGCUCCAAGACCCAGCCAACCAAGACCUUCCAGAAUAUGGAGCCUUGGCAGAAUUUCACGUGCAGCGGGUGCUGCUGCCUCUGGGCUGCUUGUCGGAGGCUGAGGAGCUAGUGGUGGGCUCUGCAGCUUUCGGUGAGGAGCGGCGACUGGAUGUACUUCAGGCCAUUCACACAGCGAGGCAGCAGCAGCAACAGGAACACUCAGGCUCUGAGGAGGCCCAGAAGCCAAACGAGGAAGGCUCUGUCUCCCACAAGUUCCUGUCACUACCGAUGUUGGUUCGCCAGCUUUGGGACUCUGCGGUGAGCCACUUCUUUUCUCUGCCCUUCAAAAAGAGCCUUCUGGCUGCCUUGAUCCUCUGUCUCCUGGUGGUGAGGUUUGAUCCAGCUUCCCCUUCCUCCCUGCCCUUCCUCUACAAGCUGGCCCAGCUCUUCCGCUGGAUCCGGAAGGCUGCAUCUUCUCGCCUCUACCAGCUCCGCAUCCGUGACUGAGGGUCCCUGUGCACCACAGCCUCUCUGCUCCUCACGUCUGUGGCAACAGAAGCAGAGCGACAGAGCGCACAUCCACAGGCGCCCCUGGGGAAAUGGGAUCAGCCUAAUCUCGCAGAGUGCACUGUGUCUUGCUGCCUGGGUGCCCUCUCCUUUGCACCCCACUUUGGCUGGUCGUGGUAGAUGAUGUGGAAACAAAGCGGGACCAGCAGACACAGCACCUCCAGAACAGUGCCCCUUGAAAAGGAGGGGUUUGGGGACAGGGACUGUGUCCAUGAAACUUUCCAUCUUCUCAGCAAAGGCAAGGGGUUGGUUCUUCAGGUCAGGAUGUUAACGGAGCUGGAAGUUCAGAAAAAGCCUGGUGGAGUGACCCUCGGCCUUUCACUUCUUGAGAAACAUACUUCUUUGCUGGGCAUGGUGACUCAUGCCUGUAAUCCCAGCAGUUUGGGAGGGUGAGGCGGGUGGAUCACUUGAGGCCAGGAGUUCAAAACCGGCCUGGCCAACAUGGUGAAACCCUGCCUCUACUAAAAAUACAAAAAUUAGCCAGGUGUGGUGCAUGCCUUUAGUCCCAGCUACUCAGGAGGCUGAGGCACGAGAAUCACUUGAGCCAGGGAGGCAAAGGUUGCAGUGAGCCGAGAUUGUGCUACCGCACUCUCUCAAAACAAACAAACAUGCCGCACAGGACAGUACCUUAAUUAGCUAGAGUGCGAUCUGAGAGGGCCUCUUCUUGCCUGCGCUGUGCUCCCCAGAGCUGAUCUAAUUCUGUAUCGAGAUGCUGCUCCCAUGGUCUUGCCACGCGCUUGAAGCUCUGGGAGCCUUCUUACCGUUCAGACUGGGGCGUGGUUUUCAGAACCACCCGGUUGACUACUGAAAACCAAGUGAGCCUUACAGCUCUUAUCACUGGGUAAAGUGAUCUUGCCUGGUGCCUCUUGGUCUUCAGCUCAAUUUUCCAGGUUGUCCUGGCCAAGCCUUGCUGUGUUACGCUCAGUGCCUCUUUCCACUCUUUCCCCGUCAGCCCCUCCCUCCCGCCCUGCAAAUUGUCCAUUGGCUCUUUCACCAGGUUCUGCUUGUAUCCUUGCCUCCUUGGUACACACCAUUGCAAGUUCUUCCCUUUCUGUGUCCCAUUGUCCUAGUUAUGUUCUGUUGUUUGUGUAAUGCCCAAAUUUUUCUGCUCGUGUGGCCUUGAAAAGUAGGCCAGCCUCAGAGACUGCUGAGCUGAAAAUGGAACUGAGUAAUCAGGUGCGCUGGAAGGGAUGUGGGGGCGGGGCAGAGGAGAGACAUGGGUUUUGAAGGCAGUGAACAAUAAAACCUUAGGGAGGUGGCACCGAGGCCUUAGCGUAUGAGGAGCUGAAAUGUUUCGGUGUUGUUUUCUUACCAGCCACAAGCAUCUUACGAGUUUCUGUGCAGGGAAGCAUAGAGUACUGCUGUGCUGUCAGGGUGAAGAAGGGCUUUUGGCAGGGGCUGGCCUUUCUGUACCCAGAGGUCAAGCAGGCUGCCCUGCACCGUGUCGUUGGUUGGUGCUGAUGCCAAAAAUACAGAAGGUGCUUGCUAGCUUUUCCUUGGUACAUUUUUGGGGGUUGCCAGUCAACAACUUUUCUUUAGAAAAAUGGGUAAAGUAGGCCGGGCGCGGUGGCUCAAGCCUGUAAUCCUAGCACUUUGGGAGGCCGAGACGGGCGGAUCACGAGGUCAGGAGAUCGAGACCAUCCUGGCUAACACGGUGAAACCCCGUCUCUACUAAAAAUACAAAAAAUUAGCCAGGCGAGGUGGCGGGCGCCUGUAGUCCCAGCUACACGGGAGGCUGAGGCCGGAGAAUGGCGUGAACCCGGGAGGCGGAGCUUGCAGUGAGCUGAGAUCCGGCCACUGCACUCCAGCCUGGGCGACAGCGAGACUCCGUCUCAAAAAAAAAAAAAAGAAAAAAGAAAAAUGGGUAAAGUAGGUAAACUUCACAGGCCCCUUAGAAUUAAAUCCCUAGGGCACGGUUCAAGUCUGUAGGAAGCAAAUCUAUGCUUUUUUAUAUGGGCUUUUAAGUAGAGCUUAGAACCCUGGGGGGAGAAGGGCAGUCAGGUGAGGUUUGAGAUUCCUUCUAUAGAAUGAUUUCUUAAAAUGAAAAUCUGGGCCCACUUACUACCCUAGAUAAACCGCUUCAGUGGCUUCCCAUGGCUCACAGGGUAACAUCUAAAUUCUUCAUGGAAUUGAAGGCCUCUGUGUGCUGGUUUUGGCUAACACCUCCCCUUGGAUGUGGGGCCCCAGUUCAUUAUACGCACGGCCUUCCAGCUGCCCACCAUCACAGCUACAGCACGCUCCCCUUGGGCCUCUGUGCCUUGGCUCACACUGUUCCUGCUGAAGGCCUAGCACCUGCUCUCGGCCUGGUGAGCCCCGCCACCUUCCAGGCUUACUCAAAGAAUUCUUUCCGUGCCCCCCCACCCCCCCCCGUGUCCUAGGCCCUGUUUCAUGUCCCUUCUGUGAUAGUGAACCCAUGGUCUUGUAAUUGUGAACUUCUUUGUUGCCACUUUGAAGUUGGCGAGUGCUCGUUGCAGAUGCAUCCAAGAUGGGUAAUCUGUGUAUUAACAGUGGACGUGUUGAUUGUUUCUGCAGGGUUCUGAAGCAUGCAACAUAGAACAGAUACCUUUACAUUUAGGGGUGCUAAGGAAAGCAGGAACCAGUAAUCCUCUCCUGUGGUUGGAUGGGAGGCUUGGGAGAGGGGUGGAAUGGAGAGGAAACAGGCUACUGUUGGCCAGCCUGGGGUGGAGGUGGGUGCAAGCAGGACAGAUAGUGCCUGGGGGUGGGGGGCGGAGGCUUUGCCUCUAGAAAGGGGCUAGAAGGGAUGAGGAAAGAGCUCAUAGCUUCAUGCAGGUGAUCCCUGUUCUUCUGCAUGUGUGUGUUUGCACAUGAGGGUAUGUAGACCACAGACCAUUAAAAAAUACGGAAUUCAAAAGUAAGUUACAAAA